GAGGGUAUUAUUACACAAACCCUCAGUGUGGAAGCCACUCAGCAGCUCAUCAUGACUAGAUCUGCACUCCUGAUUCUGGCAGCCCUUGUUGGAUCCUGCGUUCAGUUUACAGAUGCUGUCAAUGUUGAUGUUCGAGAAAAUGAUCUAACAGAGGAGACAGAAAGUUACAUGCCGAUACUCUGCUCACCAAUACCUGUCUCCUUAUCCCCAUCCUCCUCAGUUCAUACUCUCACACCUGUUGACAUCUCAUCUGUUUAUGUCUUGGGAACUCUACUCUCACACAGGGAUGAAACAUCCAGAGUGGUCAAUAGAGUCGCUGAGCUGCUGUCCAUGUUUAACCCUGAUGUGAUCACUCAACAUGUGGAUCAGACAUCAGUGCAGCCCAGAAGCUUGUUGGAGGAAGCUGAGGAGCUAUCUCUUUCCCUUUCACAUCAGGUGAUGGACUGGAAGCUCGUGCUGCUGUUUGUCCAGGCAGAUUCCACAUGUGCCUGUUCACCACAUGUUGCUGCAGAUGUUACAGCUGUUGUGCAGGAAGUGGAAGCAGCUCUGCAGUUGUUGCAGAAAAGGUUGCAUCGCACUUUAGUUCACGUCGUGGUCUGGAGCACAAAUCAGCAGGACAACAGGUGUGAGUGUAUGAAAGAUGAAAGCAUAAACCAGCGACUAUAUAAAGCAACUCUUCUGAAAACACUGCAGGACUCUUUAAGUCGUGUCUUGGAGAAUCCAAAGUGGCACAGUGACAUGGCAGACUUCACCGCCCUGCUGCAGUCUGUGCCAGUUAUCCUCGAACUCAUCUCAGAUUCUGAGGACACAUGGUCUGACCAAAACCAAAUAGCUGUUCAGCUAUGGACAAACCUGCUUCAGCCGGCGACAGGUCAGGCAGAGGUCAUGGACACUGGCGUCAUUACUAUUCCUUGCCCUACUCAGGAACAACCUUUUCUGCGGACGCAGAAGAAUUCCCCCUCUGAAUCACAGGGCAAAGUUUACAGUAAAGCCUCUACACCAACAGAUCCAGUUAUGGGUACUGAGAUACCUUGCACAGACCGCAGUCCAUCUCCCACUACACCCACUUCAGUUCAUGAGCUUAGACCUGGAGAUAUCAAGGUGGUGGCAGCAGUAGGUGACUCUCUGACUGCAGCCAAUGGUGUGGGUGCAAAGACGGACAACCUUCUGUUAGUCAUUAAACAGUACAGAGGAUUGUCAUGGAGCAUUGGAGGUGAUGAAAACAUCAACAAUGUGACCACUCUGCCAAAUAUCCUGAGGGAGUUUAACCCCUCACUGACCGGCUUCUCAGAGGGAAUAGGUAAAGAGGACUCUCCAGGAGCCUUCCUCAAUCAGGCCGUGGCCGGAGCCAAGAGUGGUGACAUGGUACGACAGGUGCAUGUCCUAGUGGACAAAAUGAAAAAUGAUUCGGGCAUCGAUUUCCACAAUGACUGGAAAGUGAUCACCAUGUUUAUUGGUGGCAAUGACAUCUGUGACUUCUGCACCGACAGCAUUUUUUUCUCACCCAGGAACGUGAUCGGUCGUAUCCGCCAAGCUCUGGACAUACUCCAUAGUGAAGUUCCCCGUGCCAUUGUCAAUCUGAUAGAGCUGUUAGGCAUUGUACAGUUGCGUGAUCUGCACAACGAUAAAACUCUGGGCUGUCCCACCUGGUUUGUAAGUUUAGUUUGCCCCUGCAUACUGAAGCCUAAAGAGGGAUCCUCUGAACUCCAGAAGGUCAACGACGUCAAUAAAGCCUAUCAGCAUGCUAUGAGAGAGCUAAUUGACUCUGGCCGCUAUGACACACACCACAACUUCACUGUGGUCCUACAGCCCUUUGUCCGGGAGGUUAUCCUUCCCAAGUUAGAGGAUGGCCGGCCUGAUCGCUCGUACUUUUCACCCGACUGUUUUCAUCUCAGUCAGAAAGCUCACACUCUCAUGGCUCAGGCUCUCUGGAACAACAUGUUAGAGCCAGUGGGCAACAAGACGUUUACACAAGACUUCGCAGCUGGCAUCGACCUGAAGUGUCCCUCUGAGACCAACCCAUUUAUUAGGACUGCUGUCAACAGCAACUACACCUUUCCAGGCCCUCCACCCACUUCUGCUCCUGCCACAAAUUGGGGCAGUGACUUUUCCUGCGUUAACACAGCUCCAUCCAACUCUGUGCCCACUUCAGUUCACAGGUUACGACCAGCAGACAUCAAAGUGGUGGCUGCUGUGGGGGACUCUUUAACUGCCGGCUUUGGUGCCAAGGCAAAGAAUCUCCUGCAGCUAAGAACUGAGUACAGAGGGGUGUCCUGGAGCAUUGGAGGAGACAAAACUCUUGAGACUGUCACAACAUUACCUAAUAUCCUUAAGAAGUUCAAUCCUAAAAUCAAAGGGGUGUCAAAGGGUCAAGGGAAAUGGCAGACUGGCUUCAACAUGGCUGUAUCAGGAGCUAAGAUAUCAGGAAUCCCCGGGCAGGUCCGACGCCUGAUUGAUACCAUGAAGAAUGCCUCUACGGUGGAUUUUGAGAAUGACUGGAAGCUGGUGACCCUCUUCAUUGGAGGCAACGACCUGUGUCAGUACUGCAACGAUCGGGCCUCUAUGUCACCUCAGAACUACAGUCGUCAUAUGAUGGCAAGCUUGGAUAUGCUGUACAAAGAGGUUCCCAGGACAAUUGUCAACGUCUUGGAGGUCCUAGAAAUUGAAGGUCUUCGCAGGAUCAAAAGGGAUAGUCUCGGGUGCAGUGUGUUACAAAAGUAUAUCUGCCCGUGCUUUUUGUUGCCAGGAGAGGAUUCCCCGGAGCUGGCUGAAGUAAAACGGAUUAAUCGGGAACUACAGGUCGAGACGGAAAAAUUGGUGUAUGGAGGCCGUUACGAAGAGAGAGAGGACUUUGCUGUGGUCGUGCAGCCCUUUUUUAGGAACUCCAUCGUCCCUUUGAACGCUGACGGCAGACCUGACACCACCUACUUCUCUGAGGACUGCUUCCACUUCAGUGAACGGGGACAUGCUUACAUGGCUGCAGCUCUGUGGAGUAACAUGUUGGAGCCAGUGGGUAAAAAACAGACAUACAGCAAUUUCACAAAUACCAGGAGUAACAUCAAGUGCCCCACCGAGGAGCAUCCGUACAUCUUCACGAUGGUGAACAGCUUGCCCGGUUCGACCACCACCACCACCACAGCACCCAUAACGCACAGCACAACUUCACAACCUCACAGCUGUGAUUGCAAUGAGGACGUGCCAGUGUGGCUCGCUGCUGUGCUGGCCGUGACAGGUCUUCUGAUUGGCUGGGCUGUCACCUGGCUCCUCCUCUCCUGCAGAGCCAAGAGGAGCAAGCAGAUGUUAACGGCUGCAGUGGAGAUGAAGGGCACCGUGUUUUAAAGUGCUACCUACUGUAUUUUUUUGCACCGGACUAUACAAAGGACCACAACUGUAAAACAACAUAUUUUAAGUGAUUGUGGUUUUUCAUAUCGAGACAUGAUAAGAUAGUUAUAUGUAUUUAGUAAUUUUACUGGAUGCAGAGGUGGAAAGGGUACACCAGUCUUCACCUAAAGAAAGCAAUAAAUAAGACAACAGAAUGACACUCUAUUAGAAGUCCUGCAUUAAAACCUCAUUGAAGUUAAAGACAUAUUUAAAUGUUGUAGCUGGUCUAACAACUUGACUUAAUGAGACAAUGCAGUCACCAAGCACUACAAAUCAACACAUGUGCAAAAGAAAAAAUGACUGGCUGCACAUUAACUUGUUACCUCUGUUAUAUAUUUAAUGUAUUAAAAGGGUCUAAGGAUAGAGGGUGUUGCUUGCUGUACAGAUUGUAAAGCCCCUUGAGGCAAAUUUGUGCCUUUGCUUAAAAUGAAGUAGAAGAAAUUAAGUAUUUGAAGUC